AAUGGAGUCAAAUGUUUGUAGAGAAGCAAGAAUGGAGAAACAAAUAGCCAUCAUAGGAGGAGGUAUUAGUGGACUUGCUGCAUGCAAGUACUCACUCUCAAAGGGGUUCAAACCCAUUGUUUUCGAAGCAAAAAAUGAAAUUGGAGGAGUUUGGGCUAAGACUAUUAAAACUUGUUGUCUUCAAACUCCAAAACAAGAUUACCAAUUCUCUGAUUUUCCAUGGCCAGAUUCAGUUCAAGAAUUUCCUACCCAACAACAAGUCAUGGAUUAUCUUCACUCUUAUGCCCAGCAUUUUGAUUUGCUUAAGCAUAUUAAGUUUAACACUAAAGUUGUGAGCAUUGACUAUGAAGGCUCAUCAGAAGAAGAAAUGAAGUCAUGGAGUUUGUGGGGUAGCAAUGGUGAGGCCUUUAGCUCUAAUGGGAAAUGGAAUGUACAAGUUCAACAUAACGAAACCCUUUUCACUCAGGUAUGCAAAGUGGAGUUUGUGAUAGUGUGCACAGGUUGGGCGAGUGAUGUUCCAAAAAUUCCGCAAUUUCCUCCCGAAAAAGGCCCGGAAGUAUUUGGCGGCAAGGUGAUACACUCGAUGGACUAUUACGCCAUGGAUCAUGAACGUGCUUCUAACUUCAUUAAAGGCAAGAAAGUGGCCGUCGUCGGCUUUCAAAAAUCUGCAUUAGACAUUGCAAUGGAGUGUUCUGCACAAAAUGGAUUUGAAAAUCCAUGUACAGUUUUGUAUAAGACUGCACAUUGGCACAUUUCUGAUGUCUUUCCAUGGGGAGUUCCUUUGAAAUUUCUUUACCUUAACCGAUUCUCGGAGCUUCUGGUUCAUAAGCCGGGUGAAAGUUUUCUUCUCAAUCUCCUCGCAACACUUCUUUCUCCAUUGAGAUGGGCAACUGCUAAAUUUGUUGAAAGUCACAUCAAGCACAAGCAUCAUUUGGAAAAAUACGGAAUGAUACCUAAGCAUGGUUUUUGUGCACAAAUCAGUUCAUGUUUGCUCACAAAAUUACCUCAGAAUUUUUAUGACAAAGUUGAAGAAGGCAGCAUCAUACUCACAAAGGCUCCCAAAUUUAGCUUUUGCAAACAAGGUAUUAUGAUUGACGGUCAGGAUCAACCUCUAGAAAUCGACAUAGUCAUAUUAGCCACAGGAUUUAAAGGUGAUGAAAAGCUGAGAGACAUUUUUCAGUCCAAAUUCUUUCAAGAAUGCAUAAUUGGAUCCCCUGAUUCAGCACUUCCCCUCUACAGGGAAUGUAUUAAUCCUCGGAUUCCACAACUAGCAGUAGUUGGAUUUGCAAGUCUUUCGAUCAUGUUUUCUUCAGACAUAAAAUGCAAAUGGCUAGCAGAGCUUCUUGAUGGAAAAUUCAAGAUUCCGAGCAUAAAAGAAGUCGAAAAAGAUGUGAAAGAAUGGGGUAAAUUCAAGAAAAAAUAUGCAGGACCAUAUUAUCGAAAAUCAUGUAUUGGAAGCAUUCAUAUUUGGUACAAUGAUCAACUUUGCAAAGAUAUGGGAUGGAAUCCAAAAAGAAAAAAAGGAAUUUUUGCUGAAUUAUUUGAACCUUAUGGACCUCAGGAUUAUGUUUUAGCUUCAUAUUAAUUACAAUUUGUUAUUGUUGCGUGUUAUUAAUAAAAAGCCAAUGCUGCAACAAAAUCUAUCAA